GGUAGAGAAGUCCCGGGUGCUUGUGCGGAGGUGGAGCAUCUUCUGGCGGUAAUGAAGGCGCGUGUGAUGUUCGAGCUCAGACGGCGUCUAUGAAGAUCGCCUUGCCGUCGAUCGUCGAGAUUAAGAUGCUCCAAUUAUAUCUCACUAUACCCCCCUCGGAUGAGAAAGGAGACAAUAAGUUAGUUGAUCAGACAAAAUCUUAUUUAAAGGAGCUAGAAUCUGUUUUAUGGUCUUUGAUAUCAUCUGGGCAUCGAUCUGAAGCUCGCCUUUGGCUUUGCAACUCACUUAAAGACAUAAGUUCUGUGACUCCCCGUCAUCACCAAGAACUAUUUCUGGCCUUGUUAAGGUCAAAGAAAGUCAAACAGCAGCGUCUGGCGGCACAAAUUUUUCAAUUAAUUUUUGACAAGCAUCCACACCUAGCUGGACCAAUCAUUUCAAAGAAAAGUUACUUGCUAGAAGAUUUCUUUAAAGGGAACUCAAAGCAUAUAUUGCAGUGGUUCUCUAACUUUGGAGGUUCUGUUGGUAUGCACGGUAAGGGAGCUAAGGCACUUUCCCAAUUCGCCUUUGUGAAUCGUGACAUUUGUUGGGAGGAACUUGAGUGGAGGGGCAAACAUGGGAAAUCACCAGCCAUGGUUGCCACAAACCCUCAUUACUUUCUUGAUCUAGAUGUCGAGAGAACUGUAGAGAACUUUGUUGAAUACGUACCUGAAUUCUGGUCAUCUGCUGACUUUUCAGAGUCAUUAAAAGAUGGUGCAAUUUUGUCAAUCGAUAAGAAUUUUUUCAUUGAAAUGUUUCUUGACCUACUGUACAAAGAAAAUAUGAAGGAUGUUUGGGAAAUUAUAGAUACUUUUCUGAAGGAAGAGUCUUUUUCAACUCUAUGUCAUCACCUUCUUGUUGCGCUUGAGGAGGAAGAACUAUCUGUUUUCUUAGAUUUGAUCCCCAGAUAUCUUAACCCAUGUGUGGAAACCAUGAAGUGUGAUAAACCAUCUUCUUGGCUUGAGGUGAUGCUUGCGAAGUGCCACGACAAUAAUUCUAUCGAUCAGCUACUCUUGUUGGAUGCCAUUACAAUUCAAAGCCGUAAACUUUUGUUACUAGUCCGUGAAGAAGCUGGUGAGGAGGAAAAAGAAAAAAUAAAAAAUAUUGCUUCCCAGAUUUGUACACUCAAGAAUAUUGGCUUUGAUACAAUUCUCAAAGAUUGUGCUAAAAGGAAAUCUUUAGAGAUGCUGAAAUUGAUGGGUUUGCAGGCUUGGGCUAUGCAUUAUCAACUCUUAGAAGCAUUUCAGACCAUUGAUUCUUGGGAAUCCUUGUUUGCUUUUAAUAGAAUAGGUUUUCAGAAGUGUGGAAAGUACUCAUUGUUAAAUCAUUAUGAAAUUCUGGGAGAGAGUGAGUCUGAUGGAGAUUUGAGGUCUUCAAGUAGAUCUAAACGAAAGAGGAGUAGAACUUAUCACAAGAAGAAAAAGAGUUGGAAUUUUGACUCCAAGGAGAUGGUAGAUUUUGAGGAUGGUGUGUUAGAUGUUUUGCAAAAUAAGGAUUGUAAUUGGUUGCUUUCGACUGAUGGAUAUUCCUUCACUUGGAGCAGUGCGGACUUACCAGGGCAUUUGUCGAAUUACUGUUUUUUUACAUGGUUGAAAUUCAUCUUCAGCAAGUGAAGAUAUUUUUACGCUAUGGUUUGCCACAAGAGUGUGUGAUUGGCCAAUGACUCAUCUGAUUACCUAAAACCUCUUUCAUUCUGGCCACAUUGUGAUCAAAGGGUUGCCAUAUCACGGAUUACCCCAUGAGAGAAAGAAUGUUUUGUCCACGCAGUGUUGGUGAAUGCACAUGAAUCUGGACUACCAAGUUUUGGUGUAACACAAACUUCAGAGCUCUACUGACAUGCUUUGUUUAUGUCUUAGUUCUUCCUAUUACUGGGAUAUGGCUUUUGGAAUGUCACAGUGACCUGUUUGUGAUCUUUCAUCUUCACAUAAUUGAAGUUGGGUGUUAUUAUGUCGUGUGACAAUGGUAGGAUAUCAGAACCAAAUAUGCUGCAACAAACCUUGAUUUUACAGGUGGUUAUUGUAUAUAUAAAGAUUACCAAAUUAUACAUAUUUUCUAAAAUGAGUUGAAUAAUUAUGGUAACUUAGAAGCAUUGGUCUGGAAGGGGGGAGGCGGCAGCGCAACCUCCCAUUGGUCAUCUUCCCAGCCUGUGUUUGCCCCUGUCUGUAGUGCGCCCUAAAACAUUAGGGUUUAUGUAUAGUCAAGAAAUAUGGAAACUCCCAACUUUAUAAAUACUUACCGUAUACCUAACUAUUAAGAUGUGAUUCAGUAACUUUUGAUUAUGGUUGUGUUCACAUUAUUAAGUAGUGGCUAAUGCCUAAUGGCUAUAUGUAUAUUUAUGUAGUUAGUAUGUGAUGUAAACUUCAAACACAAUUAUAAUCAAUAAAAUUUGUAAACUCAUUUUUGUCUA